CGGUGAGGUGAAUAAAACUUAAGCAGGAUCCCAGCUCCGGGGGAGGUAAUGUGUCAGGUUUCUGGCGUGUGAGUGUUCUGAGCCUGGCCACUGCGGCUGGUAUUGACCUGUGGACAGCUCCUGGAUUCCAGCAGACCCCCCCCCCCCCCCCUCUUGUGGGCUCCGCUCUGCUACUCUCCUCUCGUCUCUUGGACUACCGCUGAAAGGGCUGAAAACAUAUCUGAAGGGCUUAUGUUUCUUCACCUUGGCAGUUACCUGCUUCUGCUGCUGAGUGACAUGCUGCACUGAGGUGCUAACGCGUGCCCACCAGCCCGAGCUCUUUUAGAGCCAUCGCUAAGAUCUACAUUGCUUCGUUCGUGUGUGAGAACUGCCACUGAAGAGCCAUGGCACCUGCCGUAGGUGGACCGGUCGGGUACACCCCGCCCGAGGGAGGCUGGGGCUGGAUGGUCGUGGUCGGGGCCUUCAUCUCCAUUGGCUUCUCCUACUCCUUCCCCAAGUCCAUCACCGUUUUCUUCAAAGAGAUUGAGGUCAUCUUUAACGCCACCAGCUCCCAAGUGUCCUGGAUCUCGUCCAUCAUGCUGGCCGUCAUGUACGCUGGAGGUCCUGUCAGCAGUAUCCUGGUGAAUAAAUAUGGGAGCCGGCCCAUCAUGAUGGCUGGCGGGUGCCUCGCUGGUAUCGGCAUGAUCUCUGCCUCCUUCUGUGACACAGUGGAGGGCUUGUAUUUCUGUGUGGGUGUGAUAGGAGGUCUAGGGUUGGCAUUUAAUCUGAAUCCAGCGCUCACCAUGAUUGGCAAAUACUUCUACAAAAAGAGGCCCAUUGCCAAUGGCAUUGCCAUGGCGGGAAGCCCAGUCUUCCUCUCCACACUAGCUCCCCUCAACACCUGGUUCUUUGACCACUUUGGAUGGAGGGGCAGUUUCCGGAUCCUGGGCGGGAUGUUGCUGAACUGCUGUGUGGCCGGCGCCCUGAUGCGGCCAAUCGGGCCCAAGCCGCAGCCCCCAGAGAAGGCCAGCAACAGCACAGAGAGCACCUCACUGGUCCAGAAGAUCAACGGCUUCAUUGACUUGACGCUGUUCAAGCACCGAGGCUUCCUCCUCUACCUCAUGGGCAAUGUGGUGAUGUUCUUUGGCCUUUUCUCACCCCUCGUAUUCCUCAGCAACUAUGCCAAGAGCAAGGACAUCCCUAAGGAUAAGGCCGCUUUCCUCCUUUCCAUUCUGGCCUUUGUGGACAUGGUGGCACGGCCCACCAUGGGUAUCGUAGCCAACACCAAGUGGGUGCGGCCCAGGGUGCAGUACUUCUAUGCUGCCUCAGCACUCUUGAACGGGAUCUGCCAUGUGCUGGCGCCCCAGUCGGUCGACUACACUGGUUUUAUCAUCUACGCCUUGUUCUUCGGCUUUGCAUUCGGCUGGCUCAGCUCGGUGCUCUUUGAGACACUCAUGGAUCUGGUGGGCGCCCAGCGGUUCUCCAGUGCUGUUGGACUGGUGACCAUCAUAGAGUGUGGGCCUGUGUUACUUGGCCCUCCCUUGCUUGGGAAAUUCAAUGACAUCUAUCAUGACUACAAGUACACAUACUAUGGCUGUGGAAUCAUUCUGAUUGUGUCCAGCGUGAUCCUGUUUAUAGUCAUGGGGAUCAACUACAGGUUGCUGGAUAAGGAGGCCAAAGAGGAAGCCAAGAAAGCUAAACUGGAGGUCGAGCCCAAGGACAAUGGGACCAGAGAGCGGGGCCGAAUGGAUGAGGAUGGCAAAACCGCUGAGGAUGCUGUCUAAUGGAUUCUGACAGCCACAUGUGGGACGUUACGGUGGAAAGCCAGUGGGAGAGAUAAAAACACUCUGCAGUGAAACUUCACAGCAGCUGUCUCCUUUAGAAUUGACGAAUCUAUGAGGUUGUUGUGAUUUUGCUUCUCUUUUCUUACCUUCACCAUUUAAGUGGUUUCAUAAUGUCCAUCAUGGCACUAUUAAACACCAUGCCAAGGAAUUCAUGUCAGUUGCAAUUCUCUGUGAAUGGAGGGGUGUAAAUAAGUGUAGGUGGGAUUCUACAGUGGACAUUCUCAGAGUAGAAUGCACUGCCUUUCGGAAUAUAUCCUUUCAUUUUUAAAUAAUAUUGGUAAUUCUACUGAUUGCCACCUCCAAACGUUAACUCAGGCCUGAGGUCAGGAAGGACAUACCACUGACCUCAUAGAUCACCAUUAAGAUUUGUUUCUAUUUUGUCAAAGCAUCACCUUGUUUCGUAUUGAAUGUACUAACAACAUUACAAGACAACACAAACAAA